UCCAUCACCGUCCUAUUGCACGUCGUCGUUGUCGUCCUUCUCCUCCUCUUCCCCACCCCACCAGGCUUCACCUUCCUCUCUUGAUCUCUCUGUGUAGUUUCUCUGCUGGGUCAAGACCUAUAUACACACAAGACGUACACGUAGAUACGUAUAUACAUAUCGUUUGUCUUGUGUGUAUAUAGGCGCGGAAGGAAGAAGAAAGCAAUGAUGAGAAGUAGGCACAACGCUAAAGUUUCUGCGAAAUGGAUACCCCUUUUCUCCAUUGCUUUCUUCUUCCUUGGUAUGCUUUACACAAACAGGAUAUGGGCCCCACCGGAAUCCACCAAUCAGCUCAUUGCUCAGCACAGACGUGACCAAGAAUUGCAAGUGAUUUCUGAGGACUGCACGACUAUGAAGAAACCUGGGCAAGAAAAGGAUGUGAUGCAAGAGGUGUACAAAACCCACGAAGCAAUUCAAUCUCUGGACAAGUCAAUUUCAAUGCUUCAGAUGGAGUUAGCAGCUACUAGGAGUACUCAGGAGAUGAAGAAAUCUGAUGGGUCUGAUGAGUCUCCUCAAUCAGAAGAUGGGCCUCCAAGGAAGAAAGUAUUUGUUGUUAUUGGGAUUAAUACUGCUUUCAGUAGUAGGAAGAGGCGGGAUUCUGUGAGAGAAACGUGGAUGCCUCAAGGGGAAAAGCUUCUCAAGUUGGAGCAAGAGAAGGGGAUUGUUAUCAGAUUCACGAUUGGGCAUAGUGCAACAUCUAAUAGCAUUCUGGACCGUGCUAUUGAUUCUGAAGAAGCUCAACAUAAAGACUUUCUCAGGCUGGAGCACGUUGAGGGAUAUCACGAACUUUCUGCAAAAACCAAGAUAUUCUUUUCUACUGCUGUUGCAAAGUGGGAUGCCGAUUUCUAUGUCAAGGUUGAUGAUGAUGUCCAUGUCAAUUUGGGUAUGCUCGCUGCAACUCUUGGCCGCCACCGGUCGAAGCCCAGAGUUUACAUUGGGUGUAUGAAAUCUGGACCUGUUCUUUCCCAAAAGAAUGUCAAAUACCAUGAACCAGAGUCUUGGAAAUUUGGAGAAGAAGGGAACAAAUACUUUCGACAUGCUACUGGGCAAAUUUAUGCCAUUUCAAAGGAUUUAGCUACAUACAUUUCAAUCAACCAGCCAAUCUUGCACAAGUAUGCUAAUGAAGAUGUUUCCCUGGGUGCUUGGUUCAUUGGUCUUGAAGUUGACCAUAUUGAUGAACGAACCAUGUGUUGUGGAACUCCACCAGACUGUGAGUGGAAGGCCCAGGCAGGCAAUGUAUGUGUAGCUUCCUUCGACUGGAGCUGCAGUGGAAUUUGCAAAUCAGUAGAGAAGAUAAAGUUUGUGCAUGAAAAGUGUGGCGAGGGUGAAGAAACUCUCUGGAAUGCCCUAUUCUAGACUUCUAGUUCAACAAGGGAUUUCUGGCAAGCUAAGAAGCUGUAAUUCAAGGUCAGGCCUUUGGGGGCAUAUAUAGAUCACAGCAUGCAAUGUAUGAUGUAAGAAUUAUAGCUGUUGACUAACCUUUAUUACCAGAAAGGGAGAGAUCAAGAUUUGGGUGUAGAUAUUAGAUCUGUUGUUGCCUAGAUGUGGGUUUGGGGAAGGGGAGGAUAAAGCUUAUAGCUUUGUGAAGGGAGACAUUCAAAUAUUGAGUUAUUCAAAUAUGUUGGGUUUAUUGAGUAUUUGUAAGUGCAGUGGUAUUUUUUCUGGUUC